UUGUUUUACCUAAUUUGUUGGGAUCCCGUGUCCUCCAAGUUUGUUGAUGGUAAAUCAUGCUUUAAUCUUAAAAAUGAAGCUGAGGAACAGGGCCACGAUAAUCUACCGCCACUAAUAGAAGGUGUGGUUGGUAAGACACUUUUGUUUAAGAUCUUGGUCAAGCCGAAAGAAGUUAGUGGAUACAGUGGAUCAUACACGGACCCGGAUUUUCUGACCAUGUUGCAAAAGGAACUAAAAGGAGGCUAUGAAUCAGAAGAGGAAGUUAGCACUCCAUUAAAAGAGAAAAAGCUCAAGGAAAUCGUCGGUGAUAGCUCUGUUAAACGUGCCCUUUUUGAAGAGGGUUUUUCUUCUUCGAAGCCAUUGAAACAACAAAAGGUCAAUGCGAACAACAGGGGGGUAGAUGAGGAUUCCACUUCUUCUUUUGAGGAUACUGAUGAUGUGGAUGCAUAG